ACGCCGGGGCUGUGCAGAUUUGGCGCGAGCUGCGGGUCGGGUUUGCUGGUGUGGAGUUUGACGUGGAGUCGUCGCGGUCGUGCGCGGGACGCCAGCCGGAGCCUGUGGCUCUCAGCUGUACUGGCAUCAUGCCUCGAACUAAAUCCCAAGCACAGGCAACAAUCAGUUUUCGAAAAAAGAAGCUAUCCCAGACAUCAACAAAAACGAAGAAUUCCAGUAACACUAAAGUAGAACUGACAAAUGUCCAGGCUGUGCCCUCUUCUCCAUGUAUAAACACAAAAGUUCUGCCUCUCAGCCCCAGAAAACGUUUGGGUGAUGAAAAUCUGUGCAACACUCCUCAUUUAUCCCCCUGUUCUCCACCAAAGCAAGGCAAGAAAGAAAAUGGGCCCCCUCGUUCACAUACCCGGAGGGGACGCAGGCUGGUCUUUGACAGUCAGCUGGUUAAGUCUCCUAGCAAAAGAGAACACGACAGCAUCCGCCAAAACAAAGGGCUCUCCUCGCCACCAGGUCAAGAGAUCACUGCAAGUUCUGAACAGAAGUGCCCGCUGGAGAAGGAGCCUGCACGUGUGAGGCUGUUCAAGCAAGAAGGUACUUGCUACCAGCAAGCAAAACUUGUCCUCAAUACAGCUGUCCCAGAUCGGCUGCCUGCCAGAGAAAAGGAGAUGGAUGUCAUCAGGAAUUUCCUGAGGGAACACAUCUGUGGGAAAAAAGCUGGAAGUCUUUACCUUUCUGGUGCUCCUGGAACUGGAAAAACUGCCUGCUUAAGCCGAAUUCUGGAAGACCUCAAGAAGGAAGUGAAAGGCUUUAAAGCUCUCGUGCUGAAUUGCAUGUCCUUGAGGAGUGCCCAGGCUGUAUUCCCAGCUAUAGCUCAGGAGAUUUGUCAGGAAGAAGUAUCCAGGCCAGCUGGGAAGGACAUGAUGAGGAAAUUGGAAAAACAUAUGACUGCAGAGAAGGGGCCCAUGAUUGUGCUGGUGUUGGAUGAGAUGGAUCAGCUGGACAGCAAAGGGCAGGAUGUAUUAUACACACUGUUUGAGUGGCCGUGGCUAGACAACUCUCGACUGGUGCUAAUUGGUAUUGCUAAUACUCUUGAUCUCACAGACAGGAUUCUGCCUAGACUUGAAAUUAGAGAAAAAUGUAAACCACAGCUAUUGAACUUCCCACCUUAUACCAGAAAUCAGAUAGCUACUAUUUUGCAAGACCGACUUAGUCAGGUGUCUAAAGACCAAGUUCUGGACAACGCUGCAAUUCAGUUCUGUGCCCGCAAAGUCUCUGCCGUUUCUGGAGACGUUCGCAAAGCACUGGAUGUUUGCAGGCGAGCUAUUGAAAUUGUAGAGUCAGAUGUCAAAAGCCAGACUGUCCUCAAACCACCGUCUGAAUGUAAAUCACCCUCUGAGUCUCUGGUUCCCAAGCGUGUUGGUCUUACUCACAUAUCCCAAGUCAUUUCAGAAGUUGAUGGGAACAGAAUGGCUUUGAGCCAAGAAAGAACACAGGAUUCCCUCCCUCUUCAGCAGCAGAUCUUGGUUUGCUCUUUACUGCUGUUGUCCCGACAUUUGAAAACCAAAGAGGUCACUCUGGGGAAGUUGUAUGAGGCCUACAGUAAAGUCUGUCGAAAACAGCAGGUGACAGCUGUGGACCAGUCAGAAUGUUUGUCACUUUCUGGACUCCUGGAGUCUAGAGGCAUUUUAGGAUUAAAGAAAAACAAGGACACCCGCUUCACAAAGGUGUUUCUGAAGAUUGAAGAAAAGGAAGUAGAGCAUGCUCUGAAAGACAAAGCUUUAAUCGGAAACAUCUUAGCUACUGGAUUGCCUUAAAUUCUUCUCUUGCCCCCAGCUGAAAGAAUGCAUCUGGCUCUGGCAAACCGGGGAAAUUUUGCUUUAGGACUUUUCACUCGGGUCGCUUGAAAACAAAUGUGACCUUUUUUUUUUAUGCUUGAAACCAAUGAAUUUUAAUGUAUAGGAUUCAUAUGUAUUAUCACAGAAUAAUAUCUGAGUCUUAUUAUUUUAUCCAUAAAAAUGACCCAGGUCGGGUGUAAUGGCACAUGCCUUUAAUCCCAGCACUCGGGAGGCAGAGGUAGGAUUGUCAUGAGUUCAAGGCCACCAUAGUGACUUCUAGAUCAGCCUGAGCUCUAGAUCAAGACCCUACCUUGGA